AUGUCUAUCUCUAUCUCUACCGUUCAAGAACUUACCCUGGAAAUUGAUCAUCUGUUGGAACAAUACCUUCAACUUUUGGAUCAAUACAGUGCUCUAAGAUCUAGGCUUUCCACAUUGUCAUCAUCUAUGUACAUCAAUCUAUCCCGAGCCAAUUUCACGCCGCAAAAUGGAAUCCGUUACGAUACCUCUUUCUAUGAUGAUCGUAUUCAAACACAGAGGUUAUGCAAUGUAACGAUCCCCGAAAACGCCUCGAAUACACAAUCGACAAAAUUUACCCCUCCUCUCUUCGCCAUCAACGAAACAUCUACUUCGGAAUCGGAAUCGGACCUUUUAAACAAAGACACAAACGGCAAUGGUGACACGAAAACUGCUCUCAAGAAGGAUCCGUUAAGGAUGUUUGGGCUUUUCACCCCUCAGGCUUUGAAGGAUACAAAGGAAGAUAGUAUCAAGCUGAUGGAUGUCAUUCCGAAAUUGAUCAAUACCGAGAAAGCCAUGGAAGAUCUCGAAAUUCGCAUACGAAGAGCUAGGAAGUACAGAGGGAAGGCAGAAAUGGAGGAACAAAAAGAUCUACCAGCUGAGGCAAAUCGCAAGUCCAUCAAUCCCAUUUGA